AUGUCCAAGCCUUCGUUUUUUAUUCGCCCGGCUACAGUAGAGGAUGUCGAUGCCAUCCUGCACCUGAUCAUCGCUCUUGCGACGUAUGAAAAGGCGCCCGAUUCCGUCAAGGCUACCCCAGAACUUCUGCGCAAGAAUCUUUUCGAGACACCGUACGCGCACACUCUCUUGGCCUUCGCGGGCACUCUCUCUGCUCCCGGAAAACCUAUAGGCAUGGCUAUGUAUUUCUUCAAUUAUUCCACCUGGACUGGACGCCCAGGCUUGUAUCUCGAGGAUUUGUACGUCGAGCCUGAAUAUAGAGGUACCGGUGUCGGCAAGGCGUUGUUCGGCGAGCUGGGAAGAAUCGCGCAAGAGAAGAAAUGCGGUCGCUUGGACUGGUCGGUGUUGAAGUGGAACCAGCCGUCUAUAGAUUUUUACGAGCAGAAGCUGAAGGCAAGUGCCAUGUCCGAGUGGAUGGGCAUGCGGCUGGACGAAGAGGGAAUCGAGAACCUGAAGACGUUUGCCCAACAAGUUCAGAACUGA